CAUCAUCAUCCUUAGCGGUUUGGGCUCAAGAUUUUUUUGGUCAAUCUCUCGCUUGCUCGAGGGGGUUGGUGACUUAAUCAGCAGGCUUACAUUCAUAUCCCGUGCCAGGCAGUCCUGGCCCGGCACGUCCGUCGCGCUCGCAAUGGCUCGCAAGAAGGCGCUCAUCGGCGAGUUCGUGGGUACCUUCAUCCUGAUGUACACCGUCGGCUGCAACGUCCUCAGCGGCACGGCGGCGGCUGGCAGCUCGAUCGCCUUCUCACUCAUGGUCGGCAUCUACGCCCUGGGGAAGGUCUCUGGAGCUAACUUUAAUCCCGCGGUGUCCUUCGCCCUCGGCCUCGUUGACAAGCUGCCCUGGGUUGAUGUUGCUGCCUACUCGGUGGUGCAGAUCUUGGCUGGCGCGCUGGCUGGCAUUAGCGCCCACGGCACCUUCCCGAACCACAAGUAUGAACUCGAACUCGGGCCUGCGUCUGGCUUCGAGUGGUGGCAGGCGGGCGUGUGUGAGCUCUUGUACACGUUCAUGCUCUGCUUCGCUGUCCUCAACACGGCCUGCUCCGCGGCGAACGCGAACGGACAGUUCUAUGGCCUCUCGAUUGGCCUCGUGAUCAUCGCGGGCGCCUUCGGGGCGGGUGCCGUCUCCGGUGGAUGCUUCAACCCCGCCGUGGCGUUCGGUGUCUACAUGGGCGGGGAAUUUGUCCCCGAAAGCCUGAGCAACGUUCCCGUGUACGCCGCCUUCGAGCUCAUCGGCGCUGCGCUCGCAGCGUUUCUCUUCAAGCAGGUGCGGCCCGAUGCUUUCGAGAACGGGGAGGCCGGAGCUGAGAUGAAGGCGAAGGUGAUAUCAGAGAUUCUCGGAACCUACAUGCUUGUGCUCACGGUCGGCCUCAACGUCUUGGCGGCCUCUCCCGCCGCGCCUUUCUCCAUCGCGGCGUCGCUCAUGGUCAUGGUCUUCUCUCUCGGUGACGUGUCGGGGGCGCACUUCAACCCGGCUGUGACCGUCUCGAUCCUGGCGAUCGGGAAGAUCAAGGGCAAGGAGGCGGUCGUCUACAUGGCCGUCCAGGUGCUCGCCGCGCUCGUCGCGGGCCUCACCUACUCGAUGAUCUACAACGGGAAGGGUUUCACCCUCGGCCCCAACGACCCCUUCGGCCUGCCCGAGGUGGCCGUGGCCGAGGCUUUCUUCACGUUCGUUCUCUGUUUCGUCGUGAUCAGCGUCGCCUGCUCGCCCAGUGCGGAGGGCAAGCAUUACUCGCAGGUAUACGGGCUCGCCAUUGGGGCAUGCAUCGUCGUGGGCGGUUUCGCGAUCGGCAGCAUCUCAGGCGCCAGCCUGAACCCUGCCGUGUCCAUUGCAACUUUUGCGAUUGGUGGGUUCCAUUUCGGAUUCACCUCAACUCUUUACACCGUUUUUGAGCUGGCUGGCGCGGGCGUCGCCGCGCUCAUAUACUUCCAGACGCACGAGGAUGUGGAGUGUGGGCCGGCGGGGAACUCUGACUCGGACGAGGAGGAGGAGUCAGACUUUGAGAAGCCGGCGUGAGACGGUGCAGCAGUAAGCUGGUUGUGCAGGUCUCCGUUGUUCUUGCUCGUGUUGCCUCUGUGUUCUCCGAAUGGGCACACACACACAUUGUUCCGCGCGCGCUGCCGCGGACAGUUUUCUUUACACAGGCAAGUUGCCGCUGUCUCACGCACUCACACGGAACCUUUGAGUGCUGGACACAUGGAUUUAAGUUUUCGAGCAACUUUUGAGUGCUGCGCAUAUUGAUUUGAGUUGUCGAGUAGAAAAAUC